AUGGAGAUGAUUACCGGAGCAGAGCCCGGACCGUCUCGAUUCACUCUGAUGCAUGACAAUGAUGAUCACCUCAGGCUGCAUCACAGACUGCUAGCUCCCAGUCUCGGGGCCCUCGCGGCGCCGAGAUAUCAGCCGUUAAUGGGACUAGAGAACAAACAGUUGCUCUGUGACCUGUCUGAUGCUCUCCACGGAUGUCCUGAUGGUGCCACCAUCAGCACCGCAACAACCUAUCCCCACUUGGAACGCACCCAGUCAAGUAUUAUUCUAGGGUUACAUUAUGGCUUGCGAAUCCUCCACCCCGAAGACGAACUUCUGCAGGAGAUUAUCGGCACUCAGGCCCAAGUGACCCAUCUGGCUGCUAAUCCCGGCCUACCAGACCUUAUUCCAACCUUGCACCAACUGCCUGAAUUCCGUUCUCCCUGA